UUAUAUUUUUGGAACCAAUGGUAAGGAAAGAAACAAAAAGGAAGGAGAUAUGGAAGAAGACGUUCCAGAAGCAGAGAAGCUCAUGUGUCCAAAAGAAGUCGUAGAAAAGAACAAAGAUAAACAAGAAGAAGAAGAAGACGAGAAAGGAGCUAAAGGUGGGAUUUUGAACAAUCUGAUAUCCAAUUUUAUGGAUUGUACAACAACAACAGUAGAGGGAAAAUCUAGUGAAAACAUUCAGAAAUCUCUAUGUGAAGAUGAAGAUGAGAAGGAACAAGAGAGCCCAAGUGUUGGAAUCUUAGAGAAGAUUAUUUCUCAUCUGCCAGAAGACGUAGCUCCAACAACAGACGAGGCAGCCAUUUUGAUCCACUCGGCGAUUGACUGAAGGAGACUUAAACGACAACCAUCUCUUUGAUUGUUAUCUCCACGGGACUUUUUUUAUGUGUUUUGUGUUAUUUUUUUUUUUUUUUUUAUUUAUUUUUGUUCAAUAUUUUCCCAUCCCUUUUAUGUAUAACCAAAACAAAAAAAAAACUAAUGAUGAAAGGGUAAUAGAGAAUAACUAUAACAAUGCUUUCAUGUUGUGACUGAAGGCAAACAUGGAACAAGUAACGUGAGAGUAAUUGUUAACAGAGGAAUGAAUAAAAUGUUUUGUUUUCU